GCACCGAAUAUAGUAAAUAGUCGGCAAUACAUGUUUCAUGUCUUGUGGUCAUCUCAUGCGGUGCCUAGGUCCCCCUCCUUAACACUUCCUCGACAAAUGCCGCUAUGGAAAGGAAAGCAGAAGCAAGAACCGCGCGACGAUGAUGGUGUCCUCAUCCCUCUGAACUACGUCGGUUCCAGUGCUUUUGACGCGUCUUACACAUUGCCUCUCCUAGUUGGAUCAUCGAAACAAAAUCUGAGCGUCCAAGUAGACACAGGCUCAGCCGAUCUGUGGUUAGCGUCUACCGAUUGCGCAUCGUGCUCAAAUUCAUGUCCCCUCUACGACUCAAGCCAAAGUACCUCCGUCAUCAAGACAGGCGCAUUAUUCGACAUCGAUUAUCUGAUUGGCAACGUUACUGGUACCGUUGUAUGGGAUGAGAUUGAUAUCAACGACCAGUUCACUAUAGGCUCGCAGGCGUUAGCCGCUGCCACUGUCGUGGUCAGUGAACCCCUCGGAUCCCGCUUUUCAGGAGUGCUUGGCCUCUCCCCACCCUCCAAUUCCCGUAUCACAAGUCUCAUACCGGCUACGGACUCCAACGCGCCAGAUGGAGCUACAUUUUCCUCCAACAUAUUUUCGUCGUCAUCCGUCUCCUCCACCAAUCAAUUCAUGGGUCUUCUUAUGACUCGUCCUGACGGUGGUGCGCUCGGGGGCCGUCGUCCGCUUCUAGGUAUCGCAAAACAUCCAGAACAGAGUGACUUGCCAGAGUGGUUAGGAGGUAGUCUUGACAGCAUCGAAUACACUCGACCGGUGACGAGUACGUCCAACUUGGGCGUUAAUAUGGGCACUACCUUGUGGAAGGUGACGGUACAGGGAGUCAGUGUGUGGGUGGAUGACCAAGAGCGAGUGGUAACACUACCUUCGACGGCUCGUGGUACCACAGCAGUGUUAGAUUCAGGUGUGCCGAUAAUCCUGACGACUAAGGCAAUUGCGGAUGGAAUAUAUGGUGCAGUCGGCAUAGGGCCCGGAGCUGAUGGACAGUAUUACAUUCCAUGCAAGACGCCUCUGAAUAUGACGCUGACAUUGAAGAUGAGCUCAAAGUCGGUGGUGUAUUCGGUGCAUCCCCUCGAUCUAACGGCGCUACAAUCGAAGAAUUCUGGCGACACCACCACAUGUGUGGGUCUGAUUCAGGCCAGUGAUUCUUCCAUUAACACCGCAAAUGCGGGAGACAUCAUUUUGGGUGUGCCCUUCCUGCGGAAUGUAUACAUGGUGCUUGGGUUCGACGGAGCAGUGGGGACGAAUGGCAAGGGGGAUAAUAGUGGAUACCAACUCGGUCUCAUGGGUCUGACAGAGCCGGGAGUUGCGAUGUCCGAGUUCAAUACUGUGAGAGUGGAAGGACGGGCAUUAGAUGGGGCCAGUGGUCCGAGCGGAACGCCAAGCAGUAGCAACGGAGGAGGCAUAAAGAUUGGAUACGCAGCACUGAUCGGAGUGGGUAGCUUCUUUGGUUUGGCCUUCCUGAUGUUUGGUCUAUGGAGGUGGACGAUGUGGAGGCGGGAGCGAAAUCAGAUAAAUGAGGGAACAGAUGGCAAUUCCGCUGUCGAAAUGGCAAUAGCCACGACCCUUGGAAGAGGAGAUAGCAACCCCAAGAAACAAUCGUGGUGGGCUCGCCUGCGGAACGGGAAGCAUGGUCCUGGUGCUUACCAGCUGGCAGACUUGGAGAUCAGCGAGGAUGAGAAGCGGAGGCGGAGAUUUGAGGCAUAUAUGAGAAGGACAGAGCGCGAAAGGAUGCUAUCCGAAUAUACCGUCAACAGCGAUGUCACGAAGGUGGGUGACUACGAUGGCUGGAAAGGAGAGUUCGGGGAGUUGAGUGAUCCUUGGGACCCUGCGACACAGCUUGACUGGGGACAAGGUCACAAAGGGAGCCACGGGAAAGAGAGAGAGCAGAUGGACUCGGAUUCAGAGAGGGAGCAGCUGCUAUCAUCUGAAGGUGGACGGACACAUGCGACAGCUGGACCACCUUAACGAUUUAAGUUACCUUGAUAUUUAUCGAUCUAUUGCAUAUACAUACCUGUAUCAUAUUGCAUCCAUCUGUUAUUUCUGCUUAAUUGGACAAUUUUUAAAUAUUAGCGAGAGUCUGUUGCCACGUAGCAAGUCAAGCACUGAAAGGAUGAAG